AUGACAGAAAUAACCAACGAUAAAGUGACUACAGCUGGUGUAAAUGGCAACACCACCAAUACAAUUGAAAACAAUGCUAAUGCGAUGAUUCCAGAUACCCACAGUCCCGGAACCGACACUGAGUCAAAAGAUGAAAACAAGAAACGGAUAAAAAUAGCAUGUGAUGUUUGUCGACGAAAGAAAAUCAAGUGUGAUGGAUCAUAUCCGUGUCAGAAUUGUACUCAAUCUCGAAAGCCUAAAGUGUGCCUGUAUACGGAGAGGCUGAUACGAAGACGAUCGAGAAUACUGAAGCUGGAUCACAAGAAUCACCAUGAAAAACACAUAUCAAGGACAGUGCCUGCACUGUCGACGCAAGUUAAUCGUACAGAUCUGACAAAUCUGUUGGACUUUCGAAUGUCCAAGCUUGAAAGCGUUCUUGAAAGAUUGACAGGCACUGUUGAAUUACUCGCAAAUCGGGCCGGGGUCACCAAAGCUGACACAUUCACUUCAGAAAAGGCAAAUUCUGUGGAUCCAUACCCGCAUGAACCAUCAUCAUCGAACUCAGAGCAUGGUCAAGAGGGUCAUGGAAGAUUAUAUGGUGAAUCAAAAGAAGGAGCAAAUGACCCAAGUGGCGCCAAUGCAUUGGACCUAACAACGGUGGGGGGGAAACCCGCCCUGUAUGUUGGUACACAAUCAAUAUUUUCCAUUUUCUCCAGGGAGUCGUUGGAUUGGAUGGAACAAAAGUUGGGACCUCGCGGAUCGGAAUGUAUAACACCAUUGAAGAAUACUUUGCUUGUGUGUCACAACAAGCUAAACAUGUUUUUGAAAAAGUGGACCGAUCCACCAUUGAUUGACGCCCACGCAAGACAAAAGUUGAUGCAAAGACCGUUCCCAACAGACUCCAUGUUGGUGAUGGAGUUGGUUGAGGCUUAUGGGUCUAUACCUAUGAUAAGCUUUCUUGUCAAUGUGGACACAGUGCGAACAAUGUUUGUCUCUUACUACGAUGGAAUUGCUGACCCUACAAAGAAGAGGAAUUUUACCAUUUCUGAACUAUUGAUCAUGACUUCGGUCUUGUUGAUGGGUGUGGAUGUAUUGUUGGACAAAACAAAGUACAAGAAGGAUGCUAGAUUGCACCAUUUGCAAGACAAGUUGCUAGAUAAUGCUAUCUACUACUACCACCGGCUUAGUCUCGUUGGUGAAGGCUUAGAAACCAUAGAAGGUAUCUUAUUAUUGAUUUCUUAUUGUGAAGGCAAUUGGAUUACGAAUCAUAUCAACUACAUACCCAAAGCAGUUGCCGUAAGGUACGCCCAAGAAACUGGGUUGCACAGAAUAGAAUACUUCAACAAGUUGGAUGACAAAGAGCAACAAAGGCGGCGAUUGGUUUGGUGGUUUUGCUAUUAUUACGAUACUGAUAUGUGUUUUAGGCUCGGAAAGCCACCUGUGAUCAACACCGAUGAUGUCACCACAUGCACAGAGGCAGAUGUGCUUUCAUCGUGUAUUCAAUGUUCAACUUCUUAUUUUGAUUCAAGUUGUGAGGUUGACGCGGCGGAACGCCAAGUGACAAUGGCAGUAGCUGACGAAGCCUUUUUAGGAGAUCCUACCCAACCACUAAGUUUCCGUUUACUUGAAAAAUUGAGAUCUUUGAAUGACAAAUCGUUUUAUUAUCACUUCUUCGGUAUGCUUUUGGCCAAGAUCAAAUCUGAAUCAUACAGCUUGCUAUUUUCAGCCUCGGCGAGAUUGCGCGAUUUUGAUUCAUUAUCCAAUGCUUUGGAACAUUUAAACCUGGAAAUGUUAGAAUUGGCUCAACAUAUGUCAGAAGAACAUCGGCCCCGGUUUUUCAAUGAUCCAAUGUUUCACUUCCUCGAUCGCAAAGUCCCUGAGGCGGAACGUGGAGUCAUGCUUGGAGGACAACUAGAAUUUUUUGCUCAUUUGAUGGUGAUCAAUCGGUUUCCCUUUGUUGUGCAAACUGACAAAGUUGAUGCCGGAUGUCAGAUAUUGAAGUUCCGUAAUACAUCGUUGGAUGCAGCACGGACGAUCUUGGUGUUGAUGAAACAGGUUGACCGCACAACGGUGGAAUGUACAUUCAUAAACUGGGUAAUUUAUUUUCCUAUAAUUGCCUUUUUAACCUUGGGAGGAUCAGUUUUAAAUCAUCCACACUCCCCCAACGUUCCCAGUGAUUUGAAAUUGUUGGCUGAGACAUCAAUGGGGUUUUUCGAUUUUGUAGGUGAUUUUUCGAGGCCCGAUAAACACUUGCGAACGCGGGGAGGUAUAUCAAUUGAGUUGAUCAUAAGGCUAAUGUUGAAGGUUGUGAUAACCGCUUAUGAGAAUGAAACUGGAGUACAGGUUUUACAAAAUGAUGAGGCAUUGAGGGCGCAUUUGAAUAGUGUUGAAGUGAAGUUCCCCGAACUAUAUCAAGAAACUGCAGAAUUUUCCAACAAUUUCCCCGCUUUUUUUGGUCAAUCGUUUUUUGAAACUAGUGACGAAUGGAGUCUGGAGGUGUCGUCUUCGAUGUCCAAGCCCAACACGGUGAGUCCUUUUGCUUCUUCACCCAGGUACAAUCCUUCCCUAUCUAAUAUUAUGCAUUCCGACCAAGACAACAACAACAUCAACAACAACAACAACAACAACCAUAACAGUGCUUCUUUUAGUGCUGGUAGCUCAAAUGGACAAUAUUCAACUCAGCAUCACCCUCAAUCCUUUUCCAAUGCGCAGUCUCGUCAGCACCAGUUACCUGGGGUUCCUCCGAAUCCGUUGAAUGCAAUUCCGUCGUUUGUGCACCCAUUAGAUCACGCGCUGAAUCAACAUCCGAGUAGCGCUAGUUUGCGAUCGACUCAAGUGCCCAUGUCCAACCUACCUUUGAAUACAGCGUCUGUUGGUUCGGUGCCGGAAAUGAAUGGAUACGGUGUAGCACCAUACGAUGCAGGCGCAGAUGGUGCGCUGAGUAUGUUUUUAGCUCAGAUUAACAAUAUGCCUAAUUUCUUCUUUGAUAAUAACUUAGGUAUAUGA